AUUUCAUAUAAAUGUACAUCACUACAGUUUUGAAUUAGAUGUCUAGGUUGCAUACGUAGACGCUGUUCAUAAGCGAACAAUUUUAAAGAAUGACUAUGUCACUAUAUGGUUUGACAGCACUGAUUGGUUUGUUUGUUGGUAUUACCUAUGGGAGUGAUAGAAUGAUUUACGACAUCUCUUCACAGGUAGGUUUGUUGGUAUUACCUAUGGGAGUGAUAGAAUGAAUUACGACAUCUCUUCACAGGCCAAAUGUAGUGAGAUCACGCGAGGUGCCACGAGAGAUUGUAGAUGGAAAGCAGGGAUGAAUAUGCAAGUGGAUCAAGUCGCAGCAGGAGGGAAGAUAGCUGCAUACAAAAUUCGAUGGUUUAGUGGUACCUGGAGUGGUUGGUUCGUUCCAGGAUACAACGACAUGGACUGGAAAAUCAACGUUGGCAGCAGGAGUUGUUCAAUGCCGUUGAAAGCCAACAGUCUAAGACGAAUGUGGUCUUACUUCUACGACCACACACACAAAUACAUUGUGUGCAAAGCUUAGAAAUGUUUGACAGAAGAUCCAUUUCAAUAUAAACUAUAGAAUGUAAUAAAUGAGUUUGUGUUAAUUAUUUACAAAACCAGUCAUGUAAAGUGUUUUAUAUCUAUCUUCAGUUUAUAGACUUCUUUGCCAACACAAAUCUAGCCUCAACUAAUGUAAAAAUGCGUGUACGUAAUAAAUCAAAGGUUUGCAUUGUC